AUGGAAGCCAUUAAACUCUCAAAAAAUGAGACUAAUCAUACAUUUCAAAUCAACAAGAAGACAGAAGAUGAAUGUUUUCGUUUUUUCCCAUCAUACUUUUCCUUCUUGGAUCAAACUGAAUUAACGGGAACUCACAAAAAGAAUAUAUUAGCUUUAGUUAAAUAUCAUUUUCUUUCUUGGAUUAAUAAAUCUGAUGAAAUCCAAAUAAUGAAUUCCAAGGGUCAUAUUUUGACACUCAUGGAAAAGUUAGAACUGGUUAAAAAACUUAGAGAAAGUGAUUCUCAAUCAUUAGUAAUCACAGAAAACUAUGUAAUGUAUAACAUCUUAUUUAAUGAUUCGAAUUAUAAUGGAGUUUUUAAUAUUUUAAAUUUUUGUGAUCAUUCUGACUUUUACAAAGAACAAAACCUGGAACCAAACCACAUUUUUCUCAACUUUGAUACAUCAGAAUUCAUAGUUAAUAAUAGAAUGAACAAUAAGACUUUAAUUGGUAAUGAAAGAGAAUUUAUGUAUGAGGAAAAUUACUUCUUUAAGAAGAUUUUAGACAAAUACUCAACUCAAAACAACUUUUCCAAUUUUAAAAAUGAUUUUAACCCUGUUAAAACUGUUAUUUUUAAGGAUCUUGAAGGUUUUAUGAACUCUAUGGAUAAUGAGAUCCUUGGCGGUAAAAGUAAUAAUAAGGUGGAAGGAACCAAAAAGGAGAAAGUUAGAAAAUUCAAGGCUGUUGAAGCAGACAAGAAUCUUAAGAAAAGUACCAUGGAAAAAAGAAAGAAAGAACUUAGUAAGGGUGGUAAAAAUGUAAAAUAUACUUACCUCCCUAAAGAAAGAACUAACUUGAGAAAAGGAGAAAGCAAAAAACCCUAUAAGAAAAUAAAAAAUAGUAAUUUUUACUUAGAUAAACGUCCAAUCGUCUCAAAUAAAGUUUAUAUUGUUAAUCAAUGA